CCACUUACUUUGAGCUGCAGAAGAACUUCCUGCCAAAAUAAAUACACGCGCAGGCUUUAAGGCGGCAGCCCCGCAGUUUGCUCUUGCAGGAAUUCAUGGAGCACGCAAGGAAGCCGCCGCUCCAGCGGCCCCAGAAACGGGCUCUCCGGCGCCGCAGCCCUCCCAGCAGCAAAGGCAACCACCCCUCCGACACGCCAUAGGCCCGACGCGCCGUCUGCAGUGGCUGCCCGCCCUCCUCCUUUCAUCUCUGGACAGUUAGGACUAACUCCUCCCGGAGGCGGAUCCUGUCGGGCAGGCCCCUGCCUCUGCAUGGAACGGCGGACCGGAGCAAAAGGGCUGACUCCGCCAUGGUGACCGGGAUGCUGCUCUGCUCGACCUCCUCCCGCUUCCGGGGGGCUUCUGCCGCUCGGUUGUCACCUAUCUUUGUUGGGCUGCAGAGGAGCUACAGCCACGAUGGUUCCGUUUCGCAGUACCUGCACCGCAGCCUCGUUCCCACUAUGCAUUUUCAGAAGAGCCUGCCCCGGUUGCCUAUUCCAAAACUUGAAGAUACAAUUAGAAGAUACUUGAAUGCUCAAAAGCCUCUUUUAGAUGAUGACCAGUUCAGGAAAACUGAACAACUUGCUGUCAGUUUUGGAAAUGGAAUUGGUAGAGAAUUACAUAAGCAGCUGGUUGCACAAGACAAGAGAAACAAGUAUACUAGUUAUAUUUCAGGUCCCUGGUUUGAUAUGUACCUACAAGCGCGUGAAUCUGUUGUUUUGAACUUCAAUCCAUUUAUGGCUUUCAAUCCUGACCCUAAAACUGAGUAUAAUAACCAGCUUAUAAGAGCAACUAACUUGACUGUGUCUGCUCUGCGUUUCAUGAAGACUCUCAGGGCUGGCCUUUUAGAGCCAGAGAUUUUUCACCUCAAUCCAUCCAAAAGUGAUACUCAGACUUUUAAAAAGCUCAUUCGAUUUGUGCCUUCUUCUCUUUCGUGGUUUGGCGCAUAUAUGGUAAAUGCCUACCCACUAGAUAUGUCACAGUACUUCAGACUUUUCAAUUCCACACGGCUGCCUAAGCAAAACAAGGAUGAGCUGUUCACUGAUGAAAAUGAGAAACACUUACUGGUGCUUAGAAAUGGGAAUUUUUAUGUGUUUGAUGUAAUUGAUAGAGAUGGGAAUAUAGUGAAACCUUCAGAAAUCCAAGCCCACCUGAAAUGGAUUCUUUCUGACAACAGUCCGGUUCCAGCAUUCCCUCUGGCUUGUCUUACUAGUGAAAACCGGGAUACAUGGGCAAAGAUGAGACAGGAGCUACUUGACAAUGGCAAUAAAGAAGCCUUAGCAAAAGUGGAUUCUGCAAUAUUUUGUCUGUGCCUUGAUGACUUUCCAGUGAAAGACUACAACCACCUGUCCCAUACUAUGCUUCAUGGUGAUGGCAUCAAUAGGUGGUAUGACAAAUCAUUUAACCUUAUUUUAGCCAAAGAUGGCACUACAGCAGUUCACUUUGAACACUCAUGGGGAGAUGGAGUAGCUGUGCUUAGGUUCCAAAACGAAGUGUUUAAAGACAGCACCCAGGCACCUGCAAUUACACCCCAGGCUCAGCCUGCUGUGGUUGAUUCUGCUGUGGCUGUACAGAAACUGAACUUCAAACUGAAUGAUGCCUUAAAGGAAGGAAUUACCAAAGUCAAGCAAACCUUUGAUGCUACUGUGAAAACCUUGACUAUGAAGACUAUGCAGUUUGAAAGAGGAGGCAAGGAGGCAAUAAAGAAGCAAAAGCUAAGUCCUGAUGCGCUCGCUCAGCUUGCCUUCCAGAUGGCUUUUCUGCAGCAGUAUGGCCAAACUGUUGCCACCUAUGAAUCCUGCAGCACAGCAGCAUUCAAACACGGCCGCACUGAAACCAUCCGUCCUGCCUCAGUACAUACAAAGGCAUGUUCAGAGGCUUUAGUUAGGAAGGUGUCCCAACACAGUGCAGCAGAGCUGCGGCAGAUGAUAGCAGAGUGUUCCAAGUAUCACAGUCAACUCACCAAAGAAGCCGCUAUGGGUCAGGGAUUUGAUCGUCACUUGUUCGCUUUGCGGCAUCUGGCAGAAUCCAGUGGAACUCCUUUGCCGAGCUUUUUCCAGGACCAAGCAUAUGCACAGAUUAAUUACAAUAUUCUCUCCACAAGCACUCUGAGCAGCCCAGCUGUAUUCAUGGGAGGAUUUGGGCCAGUAGUGCCUGAUGGUUUUGGUGUUGGUUAUGGAGUGCAUGAUAACUGGAUUGGAUGCAAUGUUUCUGCCUAUCCAGCUAGAAAAGUUGAUGAAUUCCUCCAGUGUAUACACAAGUCACUGGAUGCCAUUUUUAAUGUUCUGGAAGGGAAACAAGUUAGUAAUUAAGAUACAGCAGUGCAGAUUUUCUAAAAUGCAUUCAGCAACAGGAAUUCAGUAUUAUUCUGGCCAGAAUUUGAGAGUAACAUACUUUGUUUUUUAAAAAUGACAGUGCAUCAAGGAAAAAAAGCAUGAAUUUAAUUCUAUGGGCUAGAUCCAGACUUAAAACAUGCUUAAGCACACAUUAAUGAACUAAUCAAAAUCAUGAGCUAAGUUAAUCAUGACCAACUUGUCCAACUGAUUUUAUUGGGUCUAUUUCAACAAGUACUAAGUCUGGGCUAAACUUCUGCAUACCUUCUACAUUAUUAGUAUUGAUUGUAAAAUAAAGCUGUUUCUGUACUGUUACCUCAGGAAAUGCAUGUUCUCACAGCCUAUUUCUAGGCUGCUUGAGCAAAAGCUUCACCCUUUUAAUAAACAAACCAGAUAACGUUGAUAACUUUAAUAUACAGUAUAAAUGAAUGUAGACAGUACAAACUACUAACUCAUGCACAUAGAAUAUGUCAGUGCUUGAUUUAAAUGUUCUUAAGCCCUUGUGUCAGACUACUGUCCAAUACUGAAACUUAUUUUUGAGCAAGAAGCAGCUAUCCAUUCUUAACUAGCCCGGCUAAAGAAUUUAGUGCAGUAGAAUAAUUUUCAUGUUAUGCUUCCUCAGAUCUACCCUUUAACUUACAAGAAGUUUCUGUAUGCAUCAAAACAGUAUUUCCAAGAACAGCUAGAAUGGUCCUUCAGCUAAAGUCAGCUUUGAUUGCACAGACAGUAGCCACUUGUUCAGAAAUUCUAGUUUCAGCGUAAGUUGUUUGAGACAGUAAAAGCACAUUUCUGUGGAUGUACAGACAGAAAAAAGGCCAGUUGUUCUGGACAUACUUAGCCACCAUGGCUGUCUGGAUGGUAGGAGUUGCAGGACAUUUUUCUGUCUAAACAUAUGUAGGUUGCGCUACCUUGAAGGAGCAGGUUCAUAGCUAGGGGUGCUGCUUGAUCCAUCUUAGUCACUUGAGGUUCAGGUAGGCUCAGUGAUUUGGAAUGCCCACCACCAGCUUUGAUUGGUGGCCCAGCUACGACCUUAUCUGGAUUAGAAUGGUCUUGCUUUGGUAAUCUGUGCUCUGAUAAUCUCUAAACUAGGUUGCUGAGCUGCUCUCUACACAGGGCUGCCCUUGAAGAUUGUUCAGAAACUGCAGCUGGUGCAGAAUGUGGCAGCCAGUUUAAAACUGGGACCUGAGCCCAUAAGACCAAUUCUGGCCCACUUGCAUUGGCUGGCCAUAUGCUUCCAGUUCCAACCCAAGAUGGUUUUAACCUAUAAACCUUUCAUGGUUUAGGAAAGCAAGACCUGUUGAAGCAUCUCUCCCAGCCAAAAUCUACUUGAAUACCAUGCGCAACCUCUUGGUCCUUCAAGUGAGUGCCGAUGUCAUAGGAAGAGCAUAGGGUGACAACAAGGAGGAGAGCUUUCUAUGUGGUGGCCCCUUGUCUAUGGAACCAUCUCCUUACUGCAGUCCAGCUGGUGCCAAAUUUGUCAUCUUUUCAGUGGCAGGUUAUGAUGUCUCUUUAUGCUGAGGCCUUUGAAGACUUACUUGGUUACCCAGGGGAUUGAGGGGGAUUACCUGUCCCAGGUGUUCUACAGUCAGUCUUUGGUAUUGUUUUAGCUAUUUUAAACUUUUAAUUUUGAUAUUUUUAUUCCAAAUUAUUGUCUGUUUUACAGAUUCUUGUAAACUACCCAGAGAGCUUCAGCUGUGGGGUGGUAUAGAAAUUUAAUAAUAAUGUAUUUUAUUUUUGCGCAUUGGAUUGUGCCCUUAGAUAGAAACUUCAGACUGAGCUACCAUGAGUCUGACCUAAAGUCAAGUUAUAGACCUUGACUAUAAAACAAAUACUCUGCAGAAGGAUAUAAGCUCAGAUUUACAUUUGUUUCAACUAAAAACAAUAUCUUUCAUGGUGAAAUUAUUUUCUGAACAUUUUUUAAUCUGAGGUUAGUAAAGUAUCAAAAAGGAAUGAUAUGCAUAUUAAGUUAAGUGGAAGGCUCUAAAUGCACAGUUGGACAGCUGCCUUGAUGUUUUCCAUAUCAACUCUCUCCUGCUGUUGGAAUUCACUUUGCUUCACAAAAGAUUAAAGUGAAAUUCAAAUGUGAACUGUCAGCAGCCUUGUAAUAUAUGGCUAUGGAAUGGACUAUGUUGUAACAAAUGAAAAACUAAAAGCACACUGGCUUAGAUCUUAAGGAACACUUGUUAGUCCCUUCUGCAGCUACCUGUAAUCCCCAGAAAGCCUCCUUGGACAGUAAGGGAGCCCUCCUGAACAAUGUGAGAUAUGGCAUGGCUUAUAGAAUUUAAGAACUUUACUUCCAAGAGCUUGCUUAAUUUAUCUUAGGAACCUAGUCACUAUAUAACAUGUGUAUUUGAGAACUUAUGUGAGCAAAAGCACUUCUGGUAAUGCAAGGCUAAGAAAUUCUCUAAUUACUUCUCCACUUUAGCUCCUGCAUUCCACUGCACUCUAUUCAAGGACCCCCACCCCGUGCACCAUCAUCAUGAGUGAGUUACUGGGUGGGAGGCAAGAGAGAGAAAGUGGAAGAAUCCCCAUUGCAGAAGUAGAACUCUGCCUCUGGAUGCUCUGAAACAUCAUCAUCAACUGAAGAGUCCCAGGUUUAUACACAUUACAAUCUAAGCAUAAUAUGCAAAGAACAAGCAAGAGAGAUAGGCCUACUGGAAUUAUAAAGAUGUCUAUUUGUCCGUGGAGGAAGUGAAGGCAUUUCUGAGGAAUUCCAGAAUUACAUUCAUAAGAGAAGUUACAUUCGUAAGAGAAGUCAGUUUCAGGGAAAUUGACAUAUAUACAACUAUUUUUGUUGAUAGGGUGGUAUAGCACAAUUAUUCCUUCUAUUUCUAUAUUUCUCCUUUUACCUUAAAAACAAAGCCGCCUUAAAAAAUUCAGUUGAGGCUCUCCAGCAUGCAAAAGAGUGUUAUUCUAAGCCACUUGCUGAUUAGGAUGGUACUGCCUGGGAAUGCAGGAAAGUAAACAGUGGAACUUAUCAUGAGACUUGCAAACAGCUUGCUUGCUUGCUAGUUGCGAAGUCACGUCCAACCCCUUGCGACCCCAUGGACAACACUCCUCCAGGCUUUUCUGUCCUCCUCCAUCCCCCCAGUCCACCUAAGCUCACACGGACUGCUUCGGUGACUCCAUCUAUCCACCUCAUCCUCUGCUAUUCCCUUCUUUUGCUGUCAAUUGCGAACAGCAGGUGUGACCAAUUAACUGUUUUGAAUAGCACGAGCACAUAGUAUUCCACAGCACAUAAGACUCUAAGAUUUAGGAUAAAAAGCCUCGUGGCUCCACGCAAGGCAAGCUUCAAUGCAGACCUAGCCAGGGAAAGGCGCUGCACACCAGCCAAAAUUGGGGUAUGCCUUGUUGUCACAAAGGGGCUCCCGACAACUGAUUGAGAAAAGUCAGCUUGCUUGAUAUCGUAUUUCUUUUUUUCCAUGUUAUUGUGCCGGCUUAUAUUAUCGUGUCUGCUGUUGCAUAAAAUCUUUAGACUUUAACCCACUUGUGUGCUUAUUGCUUUUGGAUCCAGAAACCCUUUGCUAAAACAAUAACAGCUCUAUUUAUACAUAAGAUAGAAGUGGAGCUAUGGGCUUGUAUGCAACAAUAAAAUUACAAACUAAGUCUUUCUCA